UUCAAAAAAUACAUCCGCAGUUUGUCUUUCGUGCGUUUUGUCUAGUUUACGUCCAGAGUUUCAGAAGUUCAUUGUCAGGAGCAGCAGUUUAGCACAAAGGUUAGCCCCGGAUAAUAAAAGCUGCGUCUGGUCUGUUGAACCUCGGCCUGCGGUGAGAAUCAUGGCGUCCCCUUGCAGUCUUUCUCAACUGGGCCUUAAGCGGCUGUCGGUCCACCUGGUGGACUGUUUGAAGACACCAGCAGAUCUGGGACCAUCUGUGAGGCUGGAGCCUGAAGACUCAUCAGACGACCCCUCGGUCUUCGCUGCGAUGGAGCGGUCUGUCUGCGUGAAAGCUUCAGGACUGAACGGGCAGACGGUCCAUGUGGCGGCAGAGCAGAGUCAGGCCAGCAUCAAGGUCAAGUUAGAAGAGCAGGACGAGCAGUCGGAGGCAGACAACUACUUUGAGAAUCCGCAGCAGGAAAACACGAUAAAGCUGGAGCUGGAUCAGCCGCUGGACUGGUGUGACAUCGGAGCAGAGAUCCAUUUGUAUAAAGAAGUAGGAGCGUCAGAGUGUGACGACAAAGACCCCAACCAAGAGCAAACUAAACCAGAAGAAUCAGAUGUACUGCACCCGAUAAACGCAGGGGCUGAUGGGACACAGCUAGUGGUUCAGGAGGAAGGCUCAGUGACCUGGCUCAUUCAGGACUAUAAACUAUCCCUCAAAACAGGCAAGCCCGGUGAUGCAGGGCAACGGCAGGAGGAGGCAAAAUCAAAAAACUGCCCUUCAGAUAACGUCAACACUGCGGAGCAACAUGAAGCUGAAGAUGUAGAAGCCUCUGAGCCCGCAGGUGGAGCAGAGAAGAACCCGCAGGAAGAUGCGUCCGAACCCCGACAUCACCACUGUGAGCUUUGUGGGAAAUCUUUCGCUAGGAGGAGCAACGUCACCAGACACCAGCGGCAUCACUGCAGCGUGACAGGAGGUACACUGAGCCAGCCAGAGUCAGGACAGAUGGAACAAGAUACAUAUUCAUGCGACAAAUGCAGCCUGACCUUCGAGACGAAACGCCACUUAAGGCGGCAUGUGCGUGUUCACACAGAGAACAGUGAAAACCAGGAGGGUAAGGACACAUCUGAAGAGGCUCCACGAGAGAGAUGUCACCCCUGCAAGCAAUGUGAUAAAAGCUUCUACAUGUUGCACACCCUCCGGCAGCACCUCCUCACCCACACGGGAGAGAAAUCUUACAGCUGUGAGGUGUGUGGGAGGCAGUUCGGGAGAGAGGGAACUCUGAAGGAGCACCUGCUGAUCCAUACGGGGGAGAAGCCAUUUAAAUGUGAGCAGUGUGGAAAGACCUGCGCCAGGAAAGGAGACCUGAAAAUCCACAUGCUCAGUCACUCUGAGGAGAGACCAUACAGCUGCAGCUGCUGUCCAAAAAGCUUCAAACAGCUGACGAAACUGAAGCAGCAUGAACGCGUCCACACGGGGGAGAAACCAUAUCAGUGCAAGUUAUGUCCAAAGCGGUUUAGGGUGCUGACCGAUCUGGCAGCACACCAGUACACCCACUCAGGAGAGAAACCCUUCAAGUGCUCCCUUUGCCCCAAAGCCUUCAGUGUAAGGAAUAAUUUGAAGAAGCACACAAUGGUGCACACCGGGGAGAAACCCUACCGCUGCUCACACUGCGACAAGCGCUGCCGCCUGCUGCAGCACCUGGUCAUCCAUGAGCGCAGCCACACGGGGGAGAAACCAUUCAAGUGUGACCAGUGUGGGAAAGCUUUCGCCAAUCCGUCAACUCUGAAAACACACAAGUCCUCGCACGAGGAGAAACCACCACGAUGCUCCCUGUGUGGACAGAGCUUCAGCGCGCUCGCAGAGCUGAGCAGUCACGAGUGCAGCGACAUGGCAGAGAAGCCGCAUCGCUGCUCCCUGUGCGGAAAGGGCUUUUCCCAGACCGUGAACUUGAAGAAACACCAGCUGGUCCACUCUGGGGAGAAACCUUACGAAUGUAAAGAGUGCGGGAAAAAAUUCAACCACAAGAGCAACCUCACCAAACACAUGCGCAUUCACACAGGAGAGAAGCCGUUUGAGUGCGAACACUGUAAGAGAGGCUUCAGGCUCCUUCAGCACCUCACAAAACACAGAUUAACACACAACAAGACAGACUGAAGACUUUAGAUUGGAGAUCUUUUUGUGGAAGCAGCUGUUUCUCAGGAGGUGGACAUGGUUGUCAAGACUGUGAACCAAGGGCCUUGCCAUUUGAUCUGAAAUCAAAAUCACGACUAAUUGAAGACUUUACCUUGAGUACAAUGAAUGAUUUUAAAAAUAUAUAUAUAUUUUGCCCUCAUAGUUCACUGUCAAGGUUUGGACUGCAAACUAUUACAGGUGGGAAUUUCUUUCGAUUCACAGAUGUGAAAAAUCGAUUGUCUAAAUUUGAAUUGAUAAGUUAAUGUUGACGAGCACAUAACAGACACGUGUUCCCCUUAUAUUUGGCGCAGCACCGCUGCUGAAUGAAUGGUCGGCGCUAUUAAAAUUUGACACGAUCGUUGAUAUAAA